AUGCCUACACCUACGCCGCUGCACACCGCAGCUAGCACACGAGUUAGCGCGUUGGGGGUUGUGCACAUUGCAGCUAGCACACGAGUUAGUGCGCUGCUAGAUUCUUCUUCCGAUAGCGAUGCGGGAGUCAAAGCCCGCCUAAAGGAAACACUUGGAACAGAUGUGUGGCCUGCUGCCGCCAACCAGCUACAGUUCAGCGACUGCUUCAGGGGGACGGUAUUUGAUUUAUUGAAUGUGAUUCUUCAUAUCGCGAAAGUACGAGAAAAUGUUGUUCUUCGCGUUUUUACUAUUAAGCGUGAAAAUAUUGGAAAUAGUCUAUUACAAGAUUUUUUUUCUUCUUGUCUUUCAGACUCCUAAGUAUGUAGUAGUUAGUAGCAGUCAUAGUUGCAGCGUCCUCUUUUGUUUUGAAGACUGCAGUCGUGUCUGGGUCACCGUCUACAUAUUUGGCUCUACCACAUCAUCUCGUAUGUACGUGUCCUUGUAGUUUUGAACAAGACCACGUGAUUGAGUGUUGAUUUAUAUUUGUCUUCAACUUCAAGGAACACGUGCACGACUAACGAACUUCUGGUACAACAAUAUAGCCUUAUCAUUUGUUUCUCAACAAUGAAAAAUGAGUCCCAUCGACAGUUUCGGAACACUGAUCAGGGCGAAACUCCAUUCCAUUUAUCCAAAAAGGUUUACUAUGUUGCGGAUGUUCUAUGCGAGCGUGAUGGAGAGGAAAGUAGCAAUCUCAAGUCGUCCUCUUAAGGCUUCUGAUAGGAAUUACUUCUUCAUGACAUGAAGUUCAUGUCUUCAUUUUUGUUUCUCAGUAUUCAGUUUGUGAGAAGAUCUGGACCAUUUUGAGUUGGACGAAGAUACAUGUUCUUAGGAAGGUCAUAUUCCCAUUCGAUUUCGACGUCGAAAACAAGAGUCAUAUAUUUUCUUGACUUAUGCACGACCUAGUAUGUAUUCCUAUAAAUAUGUACAAUCUAGACAUCUUCUUCAUUUUCUUUGUUUUCACGACGAGCAGCUCUAAUCUUUUAUAAAGGAUUCGCUCGAUGAAGGUGCUGGUGGCGCUUUGAAGGGAGGAAGCGGGAAAAACCCACGCCCACGCCUACCCAGUUUAAGGCUAACGAUCCAUUCCAAACUUCUACCUUCACGGACCUAUCAUUUUUCACUUUGAUAUAAUCUAUGAAGAAAGAUGUCGGGGUGUGCAGCUGUAGCAAGUUCAAAAAUCAAAUUCUACAACUGGGAGCGAAUUCUUCUUGUCAUAAUUCUUAUGGUUCUAACAUUUCGUAGCCCGCCGCGACCACCUUACUGGCGUCCGUCCAUAUCAGACUUAAGGACAUGGGUAUCCAAUUAUAUCCAUCAAGGUGGUUUACUCAAGUACCAAAGCUAGGUACAGCAGGCAAGCAUCGUUCUGGGUGAACAAUAUUUACAUCUCCUGAGUCUUUCAUCCAUGAAGAUGAAUCAUUAGGGGCGGCCUCUAGUUCUACUUAGUUGGUGGUGGCUCUUUGGCUCAUCUAACCAACGUAAUCGACAAACUGCGGAAUCGCCCUGAUCUUUGGUCGAACGUCCAGCAACACGGAGUCCAUGAUGGUAAAGACGUUUGCACUACUGAGAAAGGAGUAGAUUAUACAUAGAUAAUCAUUGUUAAACACCGUCUAUUCCAUUCAUCAUUAUAGAUGAUCGUGAGAAGUGAGAUUGUUGCGAUGUUGUAGUACUGAGGAUCAUGACACCUCCACUCUACUUAUUCAUCUACUUUUUUAUUGUAGAAAUUUAAUUAGUACGUCGGUCCAAUUGCUCUUCUUUUUAGAAGGUACAAUUAGGCUGAACUACCUCAAGGCUACUUGACCACGUGGCUUAAGAGGGCACAUGACAUGACAUGACCUCCACUUCUACAGCCUCUUGCGUCGAUGUCCUUGGGGGUGGAUGUCGUGUCGAAUUACACUACAGCAGCUCGGGUUCUAGGAUAGACUGGGACCAAAACCAAUACUAUCAUCUGCAAACGGGGGGACUGCUUCAUCAAUUAUGAACUGUAAAUCUUAAUUCCAGAUUUUGUAACACGGACUUUGGGUGUAAGCGGCAGAGUAGUCAGUACUGCAUCACGUUUCUGUCUCAACUUGAUGGACUUUGACGAUGAAGGAUUGAGGUCUAAUUCUUCAAUCCGAGAUGAGAGAGAAGACUAUCUAGUAGAUACUAGGCAUAUAGGUGUACCAUGUCAUAAAAUAUAAUAACUGAUGCACUCCUUAAGAGAAAGACGACAUUACUCGUUCAUCAUGCACCCAUGGCGUUUUUGAACCUGUAGAAAAAUACCAAGUACAGUUUGGGUGGUAGGCGUAGGGGAGGUAUAAAAAUGAAUAUUGAAAGACCUUCAGUAGCGAGACUAGUGUUUGUUGAUCUACAUGUUGGCAUGUUGCUACUAAGAAUAAACACGACAGAUAAUUUCUUCUACAUGCAAAUCUUCUAAUGCUUACUGGAACAGCAGGCGCAGAGCAAUAUUACUUCCCGGCUCAUCAUGAUCGGAUCAAUCACCAUUGUCCCAAAGAGCACCACUGGACGGGAAAUGAGACUUAAGGGUAGUGGUCCACUAAAGGAUGACAGAUGAGUACUUACAGCAAUCCAGAACAAAGUCACAUACUACUUAUUCAUCUCAUGAUAUGAAAAUGAAGAGCUAUCCAUAUAAUCCUCGCCAGUAUAGAAUGAAACUCUCACGGGGGGUCGGAAGAGGGUCGUGUCCUCGUGGUCAGUCGAAAACUCUACUGAAGGCUGGAGAUUUUAGGAAAGAGUACCCAACUUAGUAAGUAGAAUAGGACGGUUCCUGGACUCAGUUGUAUUUCAUCAUCCACUUCUACAACCGCUAAGACACUGCAGCAAGUCCGACUGGUGGCACGACCUCAACGUCGCCGAAUGAAGACCAUGAUCCCUCAACAAGUGCUUACGCUGCGUAUCUGAUUAUGAGGAGGUUACAAGUUCAAGUUGUUAAUACUACCUAAGUACUUGUUUUGUUCCUGCUCCGUCUCCAUCUGGAGCCAUAGCUCGUCUAGUACUAAAAAGACGAAUAGUAUUCUACGUCGUCUAUAGCUCCAGCAGUACUCAGACAAACUCUCCGUCUUCUAACGUUAGUGGUACUUCAGGAGUUGUUAGUAACGGUGGGGACGAUGCUGCAGCAAUGUUAAGGGUUUCCGAAUUACAUUCCGCCCCGUCAUCCUUGGCCUUUUUUCAAAUAGAAAAGGCGCUAAGGAUGUUCUGAAACUGGUAGUCCCUCUGUGGCUGCACAUAUUCACCCGAGGAGGCAGGUCAAACUGUGGACGGUGAAUCAAAUCCUAUCCUAUCCUAAUAGGCCUUUUUUCAAAUAGAAAAGGGGCUAAGUAGGAUGUUCUGAGGAAUGUAACUCCGUAACCUCUAACAAUGUAUACGACUGCAUACGGAGACUAUAGCCAUCAACACCAUCUCCAGGCGCAGCACGCGGGUUCCGUAUUAGCCGCAUAUUACGGGGACAUCGCCAAUCGAAAUAUUACCCAUAGUAGUACUGCUGCUCAUGUAGUUAAGGCUGGCGCCGCUCGACCAUCCUCAGCAUGAUCCUUGGCCCUUUUUCUACUUGAGAUUUAGAAUCCAAGGAAGAUGCGCCCAGGGAUGCCAACGCGGUGCCUCUAAGAAUGACCAGACGAGGAGUAGAGCUCCUGGCCCUGUUGUUGCUUCUGGAGCAGCGCCUGGAGGUGGCACAAGUAGAAACUCCGCAGCAAAGAUCAAAACUACUAGUGUUAUGGUUCUUCUUUCGGUAAUCCAUGUGCGUGUGCCUCCACAUGAUCCAAGGCGAAGUCCAGAACGAGAAGAAAGAAAAAGUGGUAGAUGUACUGAUACUUUAGUAAUAAUGUGAAGAUGAUCUCCUAGCAUGAUUCUUCAUCUUUGUAUGCACAUUCUCGAGAAAUUCUGAGACCACCAUGUUGCAUUUGUAUUGUUUCCCCACCUGCUCUAACGAUCGUAGCGGAAAUACUAGUGGAGCAGGUCCAGGUGCAGGUGGGGGAGGAAGGACGACAGCAGCGUCCGAGGGAUCGCGGCGCAAGAGCAGCAGAAACCAGAGGCAAGGAUCUGCGUUGACUCACUCAUCAAGUGCCUCUUCGUCCGGAGCAGGCUCGACCAAUCCUUCGGUCGUUUCUUCGCCACCACCAGGUCUUGAUUAAGGAUAGUUGUCAUGAUUUCUUCGUAGUUAUACUACUUACUCGUAGAGGUUGUAGACCCUAGGUAUUGCUAUUGUUCCUAUUGUUCUAUUUUUUGCUACGGACUAGGAGGGCGAGAGACUUGGACUUCAACAUCUUUCUUUUUGUCUACGGUCUUUACGUUUACCAGGUUUUUUUACUCAGGAAUGCAAUACCACUAAUUGAAAAGACUAAGACAUAAAAAGUCAAUGAAUAUUAUAUAUAAGCUUAACCCGAAGCCGCUGAAGGAGGAGGGAUGUUAAUUAGAGACUACCUAGGAGCCACUCUAAGUUGCAUUCGAGGAUUUCUAUCCUACAGCUCCGGCAGAUGGGUUGCAGCUGCUCCAUACUGCUGGAGAUCGCCAUGUGCAGAACUUGACGAGCUCCUUAGCGGAUCCACAAGUACAGAACUUGACGUCGUCGUACAACGCGCCGUGCUACGCGCCCGCGGCCGUCUUGAAUCACUCAACGUCGUCGAGUCGAGCCGGCAUGCCGCACUUACACUUUGCAGCGGUAGCGCCUACAUCAACAGCUAGCCGUGCGGGGUCGUCUUACCAUGAGCCAUGCACCGAACGGCAUAUUCAAAAUCAUCCAGCAGGAG